UAUCGGGGCAACACUUCAUCAUACAUGUAUGCAACCAUCCAUCUACCACUGUAUAUUUGACAGCCAAAAGCGAGAUGGACAUGUCUCAACCAGACCCCACAGCUCGUUUUUGCCAGGCUCUCGCCACUAAAGCAUCGCAAGACCCAGGCCUGCCGGUGCCAAACCCUACACCAGCGUACUGGCAAAGCGAGCCUCACGAGUUAGCCAACCAUCAAUCAGCAACUCUCCCAAACAAGGCCGAUAUAGCAAUAAUCGGAUCGGGAAUAACUGGAAUCAGUACAGCGUACCACUUGCUCCAGCAACAACCAGACCUCAGAAUCACCAUACUCGAGGCGCGGGCUUUGACAUCCGGGGCCACAGGUCGGAAUGGUGGUCACUGCAAGGAAGCACCUUAUGUUGAUUAUUCGGAGCUGAAAGAUCUAUAUGGAAAAGAAGCUGCUACAAAGGUUGUCAAAUUCCGAUUAGCGCAGUUGGAUGCGUUGCUGGAAAUCGCUACUAAGCUGGAUUCAAAGGAGGCGAUUGUGCGGCGCGUGGAAGGCUUAGAUGUUUAUUACGACCAGGAUGUUUUCAAUGCUAUGAAAGAAAAACUGGCCGAUUAUUUGGAAAGUUUUCCCGAUGAGAGAGAGACAUGGCUUUGCUUCGAAGGAAAUGAUUUAAAUAAGAAGUUCGGAACAGUCAACGCAGUAGGGUGUAUGACUGGACCAGCAGGGGCUUUAUGGCCUUAUAAACUGGUUGGCUCAGUUGCAGCACAUAUAUCGAAUUCUCAACAGUAUCCAAAUUUAACAAUUGAAACACACACGCCAGUCGAGAGUAUACACACUACCGAGGGCGAACCGGACUACCCACUAACCCUAAAGACUCCUCGAGGUAUCAUUCAAACAAAACACAUUGUCCACUGCACAAAUGGCCAUGCAGGUCAUCUACUCCCUGGCCUUAGGGGGAAACUAUUUCCCUUGCGUGGACAGAUGACUCGACAGGUUGCACCGUCUUCAUUUCCCCGUAUCGGGAACCAGCGUUCGUGGAUUUUGCAUUAUGCACCUGGCUAUGAUUAUGUGACUCAGUCACCUUCUGCGUCUGGUGAUAUCUACAUUGGUGGAGGCCUGCUGAAGGCGCUUUUAUCAGGUAAAAUAACAGUCGAGGAUGCCGAUGUUGGUAGCACAAGAGACGAUCUGCAAAGUGAAGAAGCGCUAAAAGCAAUUGAGACUGCCAUUGAAGAACGACUCGAAAGUGGAAAAGGGACACAUAUUCUGGAUAAAUGGACUGGAAUAAUGGGAUUCACGAUAGAUGACAGUCCAAUUGUCGGCAAAGUUCCGUAUGGUAUAUCUGGAAGGGCGUCGAGUAGUGGUGCAGAAUGGGUGGCUGCGGGUUUUUGUGGACAUGGUAUGGCUUAUUGCUGGCUUACUGGAAAAGCUGUCGCCGAUAUGAUUCUGAAAGGGGAAGAAACUGUCAAGGAAUGGUUUCCUGCAGAGCAGUACAUAUGCUCAAAUGAACGAUUGCAAAAGUUCACAUUGGUAGAACGACUCUUGUCAUUCUCUAAGAUAGUGGCAUAAAAAGAAUCUCCGGAGAGCAAAGUUUCAUAGACUCUUCAUUGACCAAGGAUUCCGAUAC